AUGUUCAGAAGAGCCCAGUUCACCUACCUCCUGGUUGUAAAGGACUUUGAUGACGCUGUCAAACAAUUGGUUGAUCUUUUGCACAACAACGGUACUGCUGAAGGCAAACCUGAAGUAUUCACCAGUUAUGGCUGGGGCGAGGGUAUGGGAGCAUCUGGCGUCCUCAGAGCUACAGCCAAACUCGUAAACUCCAUGAUAUGUGCUGAUUUCAACAAGUUAAAGCAUUUUGACAUAGUUGUCUACGUGGACUGCUCACAGUGUAUAAACAAAAGGACCAUGCAGAGGGCAAUUGCAGAGAAGUUGAACCUCCAACAUGAAAUGCCCAUAUUUGAUAAGCAGGAUGAAGAUGAUGAUUUCAGAGGGGUACACAACAGCAAUAGAAAAGAGGUGUCUGGGAUCGGAAGUUUGAUUAAUAAUUCUAUAAGAGAUGAAAGAUUUUUGAUGAUUAUUGAUUAUGGAGGAGUUGAAGAUAUUGAUCUGAUAGAAUGUGGCAUUCCUAUUUUCGGUAAAGGUAUAUUAUUAUGGACCAAUUGUGGAAGAUUUCUGGUCAACACGAGAGAAAGCAAGUUGAUGUCCCCUUCUGCUAGUAAUGAUAUUUUUAUCAGUCUCUAUCAGAAUGAAGGCAUAAAACAAAUACAUAAUAUACUGCACGAAGAAGCUGUCGGAGUGAUUGGUGACACUUGUAUGGAUGGCAUCAACCCAGAAAUAGUUUUGGAUUGCUUCCUGUACUCAUUCUUCUUGACAGCAGAGCUGCCUAAAAACUCUAUUGGUGUUGACUAUGGUUGGGCUACUCAUGCUUGCAACUACUGGAUAUGUGAUGGAAUCCUUGAGGAUAGAGCAUGGGAGAUCGGUAAUGCAUUGUAUGGAGUGAUACCGCAGUUUGGCUAUUAUUCAGAAAAAUCAAGUGGCUAUUUUUCAGAUGAAACAAGAUGUAUGGCUUUGGCAUCAGAUUUUUAUGGACGAAAAAAAUCUUAUGAAGGUUGGUAUUCAGUGACCUUUAACAAACUAACAGCAGAUGAUAUCUCUUAUGUUCCUGGAAGUGCAUCAUCAUAUUUCCUAACUUGCCAGGGGGAUGAUCCAGUAUAUGUACAUAAUGAUUUGUUUCAACUGGCCAGCAGCAACCUCCGUGUGUUAAAACUCUGCAAUUGUUGCUUUGAUUUUGCAUCCCCUCCUUUUCAGUGCUGCCACAACCUAAGAUUCCUUUGGCUUGACCAUUGUGCAAACACAGGGAAGGAGCAAAGUGGAGGGCCAAGUUUUCCAAACCUGUUGGUGUUUGAUUUACGUUUCACAGAUUUUGUUUUGUUGCCUCAGAUGAUUGAACUGAUGACCAAUCUCAGAGAGCUGAAUACAAAGGGAGUCUUAUGGAAGGCUAUAAGUCAUGCAUGGAAGAAGCUACGGAAGCUUCAUAAGCUCCGGUUGACCGAAUCUUCAGAUGUGGUUAUGGUGGACAAUUGUUAUUCUGUGGAUAUGAUGAAUCUGGAGCUCCUUGACUUGUCUGGCAACACUCACAUGGAAUCAUUGCCGACAUUGUCGUCUGCAAAAAGUCUGAAGAUGCUUGUUAUUGAUGGUUGUUCCAGCUUGAAGCAUGUUGGACUGGAAGGAGCUCCUCCACUGCUUGAAAGUUUUAGCUUCGAUGGUUAUGGCCCAGCAGAGAAUUGGACACAUUCCAUACACCUGCCACAAAAGGAAUUGCGCCUCAAAUCUCCUUUAGCUCCUGUUGAAAUAGUCAAGGUGACAAAGAUCUCCCUACACGGUUGUGGUCAAUUGCAUAACAUAUUCCUUCGUGGACUGCCAAAUCUGGAGGAACUGGACCUCUCUGGUACAGCCAUUAAAAUAAUUGACCUCCAUGCAAUGGAUGUCCCGAAACUCAAGAAGCUAUUCCUACUGGGCUGUGUGGGGCUCCGUAGCCUAAUAUGGCAAGGAUCACCUAGACUGGAAGUUCUACAUGUGGACACUCAAGGGACUAAAAGAUCAGUGGUCUACUGUGGAGAACAGGGAUUCUUUGGCUUUCAAGCACAUAUUGUUUUUACGGAUGGAAGGUUCAUUUGGUCAUUCUUAGAGGGGCUCAAUAGCCGAUCACAAAAUUCUGUCUCCAAGGUGUACCUCCUUAUCUCUUGUAUGAGCCGUAGCCAAGCGAACAUCACCAAAAGUAUCAAGGAGAUUGGAUCUACCCGGCAGGGUUUGGUAUCAACAAGGCCAUUUUUACCAUAUAGUGAUACUGCUCUUGCUAAAGAUGUAGCAUGCCCUUCUUUGGUGUGGAACUGUCGACCGCUUCAAACUUUGAAUGUACAUGUCGAGAUUGGUGAAGGAAGCUAUAAUUUAGAGAGAAUGCAACAUGAAGGGGGUUUCCAAGAUUUCACAGGAACUGUCGAAUCGUUGCAUGUGCAUGACAAUUCCUCCAUCACUGCUAUCCCUCCAACGAAUUUUUGGUUGUGGACAAAACUAAAAUGGUGUCAUGUUGAGAGGUGUUCCAAGCUACACUCUCUGUUUCGUUAUAGGUAUGGAGAUGCCAGGUUUGCAAGUAUAAGGACAUUUUCAGCUUCUGAUCUUCUGUUGGCCUAUUGCAUAUGGGGUAGAGGCAUUAAUUCUCGGGAUAGUACUCGUUGUUUCCAACAACUACAGCACAUAUACAUAUACCAUUGCCCCAGGCUGGUGUUCGUCCUCCCCAUUUCCUUCACCUUGCCUAACUUGGAGACCCUCCAGAUCGCAUACUGCAGUAACCUCCAACAUGUUUUCCCAUUGGACGACAAGUAUCCUGAGAGCAUAGCAUCUGGUGUCACAUUUAAGAACCUGAAGGACAUCAAGCUACACCAUCUUCACAAGCUGGAGCAGAUAUGUGAGGCCAGACUGACUACACCAGCGUUGCAGAUGGUCGGCAUCAGGGACUGCUGGGCUCUCAGGCGUCUUCCUGCUGUAGCAUGUGAAGGUCCUAAGCCGCUGGUGGACUACGAGAAGGACUUGUGGGACAACCUCGAGUGGGAUGGCCUGGAUGCCGGACAUCACCCGUCGCUCUUCAAAACACACCACUCGGCCUACUACAAGAAGACCCUCCCGAGGGCCUCCUAUCUAAGGUAA